AUGGACUCACCUAAGCCACCUACUCCAACUUCCAACAACGGCGAUGGAUCAAACCGUGAUGUUGAUCCAUCAUGGAAUACCGAGUUACCACCACCUCCACCUGGAGUUUUCAAGACACGCGAUGAACUCGAUGACCACGUUCACGAGCAUGCUCUCUUGCAUGGCUAUAAGAUCUCAUGUCUCGAUUCUUGCCCUACGUUCGUUGAUUUCAAGUGCUCUAAAGGAGCUACUCGACAUGCCAACUCUCAGGGAACCUAUUUAGUGAACAGCCUGAAGAAACUUGAUUCUUCCACACAAACUAGUCUUAUUCAAACCUUUCAAAAAGCAAUCAAUGACGCACAGCAUUCAUCAGUUAAUUCAUCUCCUAAAACCGACUUAGAAGAAGAAGACGAUUAUGAAAUUCAAAUGCAACUUACGCCUCAUUCAAAAUCGAGCAAAGGAAGUCAAAAACUGAAGCUUGAAGAGGACGAGGAGCCCACGCCACCGCGCAAACGUCUUUGUAAAGCUAGCGACUCUGGAACCCUUUCAAUUGAUCCCGAACUUUCCAUCAAGCCCGCCAAAGCUCAAAUCGAACAACACCACUCUGCAAUCAAUACAACAAAGGAGCACGUGAAUCAACCGACCAAAGAAAUUGAAUUCGAGAAUGUGAUUCCUAACGAACAACCUGCAGACAACGUGAUUACGGGACCUAUUGACAAUCAUGCUAACACACAACUGGUCACCAGUACUGGGUCCGACCGCUCAUCUUCAAACCUUUCAAGCCCGUUUCCAACUCCUUCAAUUCCUGAGCUUGAUGUUUCGUCUAUCAAGCCUGUUACCACUAUAAUCAAACAAGAACAUGCCAGCAUUUCAAGCCCUUUACCACCCACAUCGCUUUCGGGCCUUGUCUCAUCCUCCAAGAAUCCGCGACCGCCUAUUUCAACGCUAAACACAAACAAUCAACAAGUAGCCCAUGAACAAGAGCAAGACAAAAUGAAACCACCACUCACCAAUCAAAAUCGCGCAAAACCAAAGGGGCGGAACAAGAACACUCCGGUGCCUCCCACCCGAAAGUCAACUCGAAUUAACCGCCACCAGUCACCUGUUCAUGAAGAACCUGUUGUAGUCAAACCAGUACGGAAAAUUGUUCAAGGUACUUCAAAGGAAGCUGUUCAAGGUACUUCAAAGAAAGUUGUUCAAGGUGCCUCAAAGAAAGUCGUUCGAGGUGCCGGAAAAAAAGUCGUUCAAGGUACCUCAAAAAAGUCUCUUCCUUCCAACCCUCAUGAACCUGAACCCACUGAUGCUGAUGAGGCACAAAAUGUCAAAGAAAGCACACCUGAAGAAGACUCGUUGCUGGAGAUGGCAGUGGAGCUGGUAUCAAGAUACGACUGGUAUUUUGAACACCUUCCCGAACUGUGUCCUGGUUACAAUUUUGACAAGUUCAUGGAAAUCCUUCAAAACCCACUGGCCACUGCCACACGACAAAACUGGUAUCCAAUGCCCGGCGGUUCCGCCCUCAUAGCUAACACAUUUCACCAGCCGGUUAUGUAUUACACCCCUGCGGAAGCAUUGGCAUGCACCACAUACCCUUUUUUCACGGCUCCUCCACCUGAAAUCAACCCAAUUAUCAUCGCUUUUGUCUUCAAUGAUCACUAUGUGUCCCUAGAACUGAAUUUUAGCGAUGAUCUUCCAAUACCCAACCUAUGCUCCGAAUGGUCCCAAUUGCACGACAACGCCGCCGAUACAUGGACCGGAAUGUAUGAAGAAAACUUUUUGGUAUUCAAGAAUAUUGCUAAGGAGAUCAGGACAGAACGUAACAAGCGCCGGGAUGAAACUGAUGGGCCAUCUCAGUGUGUGACAAUUGACAUAUCCAGUCCACUCACCAGUCCAAGUCCUAGUAGCUCAAGUAGAUCAAGUAGCUCUAGUAGCUCUAGCAGUUCUGAUCCUGAUUUUUCAUAG